AUACAUCAAAAUGUACAUGAAUGCGUCUUUCUUUAUUAUUUUCAAAUUUUUAUUAUGUCCAUCAUGGAAUGUAUAAAUAAUUUGGUUGGAACAGGAUAAAUAUUCAAAUACAUCAAAAGUAAAUAAUGAUGUUUUUAAUAUUGAAGCUCCCUUAAUUUACAUUAAGCCUCUAUUGAAUUUCAAUGAUAAGAACGCAGUUUCAAUUUUUCAUUUCUAUUAAACGAGUUACAAAUUGAACAAUUGCAUGGCUACCGUAACUGAAGAGAGAAAUGUACAGCGUGAGCUUGGCACUGAUUAGCAUUCUUUCUAUCUUCUCGAAUUAACACCUCCCUUUAAUAGAACCGUGACCUCUGUGUGAGAUGAUUGAUUGAACUUGACAAAUUUUCACUGUGAUUCAAGCACUCACUCACACAUAUAGUGGAUCAGCAGUUGGGGAGGAGAAAAUUCAUGUCAGUUGCUAAAUUUGAAAUUGAUUGGAUAUUUAGCCUGGCUAGUAUAUAAUUUUCAAACUUCACGGAGUGAUAGUAUUGUUAGAGAUCAAGAGUCAUUGAUACCAACAGUGUCGGAGUGAUAGUGUAAUGGAGGACCUAACUGAAGACCAGCUUGAAUUGUGUAAGAAGGCUUUCAACGCUUUCGACCAUGACAAAAAGGGUGCUAUUAGCACUGAAUCCAUCGGAACAAUCCUGGAAAUGUUGGGGAAAAAACAAACUGAUAAGAAUUUGAGAGAUAUUAUCAGUGAAUUCGAUAUUUAUGGAACUGGAGAAUUGGAUUUUGAAGACUUCUGCAAAUUGGCUUCUAGAUUCAUUGUUGAAGAAGAAGAUAUAGCAGCUAUAGAACAAGAACUGAGAGAAGCAUUCCGACUUUAUGAUAAAGAUGGUUAUGGUUACAUCACAACUGAUGUGCUGCGUGAAAUUCUUCUGGAACUGGAGCCUGACAUGUCCGAUGAAGAUUUGGAUAAUAUGAUUGAUGAGAUCGAUUCUGAUGGAUCAGGAACUGUGGACUUUGAAGAAUUCAUGGAAGUCAUGACUGGCGAAUAAUAUUUUAGUGCUGUAUUCUUCAUGACAUCAUUUCAGUUUACAUAUCAUCAGUGUUUCAUUUCAUCUAUGAGACACCCUCUAAAUAAUUUUCAACAGAAUAAUAUAUAGGUCUAUUUAUAAAUAAAAGCGAAAUGGCAUUCAUUAUACAAUAAAAUUAUGAUUCUUGUUCUGUGAUAACAUAGUUACUCUCAAUUGUGAUGAGUGGGACAUUUUAUAAAGUUUGAUUAAAUAAUUAUUUGUUGUUGUUUUGAACGGACUAAAAUUCAUUGAAUUUUAUGAUUGGUUUGCCUUUCCAAUUCAAUCUAAAAUAAAAACAUAUUCUUCAUCUAAAA